GCUUCCUCUGCCCUGCCGGCUGCAGACUGAGAUCAGAGGCCCCUGGGACUUGCAGGCACCAUGGCAGACAAAAAGACCUACGCCAACCUGAAAUUUGCAGCGAGGGGCUCCCAGAUGCCAUCCAGGGCUGAACCGAACGUGACGUACCUGGAACUGAAAUUCAAGCCGGUCCCUGAGCCUCGCAUCCCUACAGGCAACCUGUCAACUACCUACUCGGAGCUGAAAUUCAGGAAUCCGGACCCCUCCGUCGACGAGGGUUUCCCCACUUCCUCGGGAGGCGGGGACCGGCCAGCCCCUUGCCGGACAGACCCGCAGACGCAGGAACUGAAAGAGAAUGUCGGAAGUGGAUCAAGCUGGAGGAUCUGGCUGCUCGGCCUGGUUACACUCGCCCUCAUUGCGACAGUCGUCGGGCUCUCGGUCUAUGUGUUUCAGACUUAUCAGUCUCUGGUCAUCUGUGAACGAAACCACUGGAGACUUUCGAAACAAGAUCAGGAGCCGAACAAGACCCAGCGCCAAUAUCCUCAACAGAUCCACGAGUUGAACUCGACCUUUGAAUCUGGGACAUCCGAGUAUAUCCAGCUGAGUCGCAAGAAUCUUUCUGCGCUCAACUCUCAACUGUCCGUUCUUAAACGAAGGAACGAAGAUCUCCUUCAGCAGUUCAACGUGAUGGAAACUAAGUUCAAAACUGUCAACGAAACCAAGGCUCGAAUCUGUGAAUUGUUGACCAGCAGAACAGUUACAGAAGAGACGUGUUCCCAGGGAUGGGUCAACAGGACAGGCGCUUGCUAUUUCAUAUCAACGGUGGCAAAAUCUCACGCUGAGGCGAAGCAAGAAUGUUCAAACAAUGCUUCAACGCUGCUGGAAAUUAGCUCCAUGGCUGAAGAGAAAUUUGUUGUCAACACUGUAAAUGGAAACGGCUAUUACUGGAUUGGAAAAUGCCUCGGCAGUGGGACAGCAGAAUGCAGUUUGCUGUACAAAAUGGUGGAACCAGUCUGCAAGAGUUGUGCAUCCGACUCUGCUCCUGCCGUUUGCUCUGGGGAGAAUUAUUUCAUCUGCAAGAAGCCUGCGAUUCCAAGUGAGACCUGGGGACUCUGUCAAAAUUCGCCAGGCCCGAAUUAGAUUCUGCUCCCCUCUCACCCCAUCUCUCCUCUCUUUCCCCCUUCCCCGUCCCUCCCCCACACUCCCCCUUUUCCCCUCCCUCUCCCGGUC